AAGUUUGGUAAAUCAUGUACAGCUGAAGAAGAGGGUUCGGAAGACACAAGAGAGAGCAUUGAUUUACAAACCGUCCAUGAUGUGUACAUGAUAGACGAGUUGAAGGCUAAGAUGAAUGACAAGCAACCAAUGAUGAUGCAAUCACCUUAUGGCAUUGUCUAUGCAUUCCUUUCGUCUUAUGAUCUUGAUGGACCGUCUUCUGCUGUGUUAUCUAUGAGAUGUACAAGCUGUCGGUGGAGAGUAGAUAAGGAGACAGGGACAUGCUUGAAUAGCAAUUGUUCUGCUGCCCUCACUGACCAAUCCCAGGCCGUUUUGAACUAUGACCUCAGGGUCAGUCUGUCUGACCUGUCCGGAACUAUCAGUGGGGUCUUCAUUGGAGGGUAUGUGGCAGAGCAAAUCAUUGGAAAAUCAGCUGAGGACUUCUCCAAGUGUUCCGAAGAUGAGCUGACGAGGAUCAAAUGGCAGCGGCUCCUUGAGAGGUGCAAGGUGUACUUCAAGAUUCAGGAGAGACCCGGGAUCGUCAACGGCUCUUCUUCGUUCCUCAAGAUAUUGCAGUGCGAGAAAGCCGAACCCGAUGAGGUACUCAAAAACAUCAAAGUCUAGACUUCUGAUGGACUCCAGGGGCCCGUAACACAAAGCUUAGCCAUCGUCGUAGAACAUUUCUCUACGAGUGAUUGCAUUGACUUAAAUGUACAAUAUCAGAGGCCCGUAACACAAAACCUGGCAAAGAUCGUAGAACAUUUUUCUACGAUCGAUUCCAUUGGCUACAAUGUACAAUCCAUCGUGAAAAUCAAGCGUACAAUUAUUUGCUAACCUUCGUGUUACAGGACCAAGGGCAACAAAAGAUGUUCCAUCAUAUCAAUUGACAUACGAUUGUUUGGUUUGGAGUCAUUUUUGUUGUGACUGAAGCCUUCCUUCCCUCUGCCUUUUGAAAUAAGUACAGUAAAACUUUGUAUGGAAAAGGGAAUUAAUUAUUACCACCAUCAUUGUCAUUGUUGUAACUGAACAUUACAUGGCAGUUGGAG